AUGGCGGCCAGGGAUUCAGUGAAGGCAGCAAAGAAGUUGGAUGACUUUUCCAAGCUGGCGGCUGUGCACAUCAGGAUGGAGCCGAUGAUUCAGUGCCUCGGGAGGGUGCUCUCCGUACGUGUUGAGGGAGAUGACGAUCCUGCUUCUGAUGGACAACACCAGUCGGAUCCACAUCCCAUCACUGGCGGCGUGAAUCUGAGCCCAGGCGAUCAAGCAGGUGACUUAGAUAAGACUGUUAGAUCUGAUCAUAAUGUGGCUAGGAGUGAGGAGGAAGAGGGUAUUAGGAAUAGUGUGGCUUUUAAUCAGGAGCUGCAACAAGUGGGGGAUUUAGAUAGCACUCAAUUAGAGAACCCUUUGAAUCCUGUGACUGUUCCACAGGAUAAGGAGGAGAGUCCCAAUAGGAAUGUCCAGUCUGAUGUUCCUAUUGUGAAUGAGGGUCCUCUUCUUACUGAUGUUAGCCUGGUUGAAGUGGCUAUUAAGCCUGCCUCUGUGGAAGAUAAGAACUGCCAUAGGAAAAAAAAACCAUUUUUCUUAGAAAACCAAGACUUAAUAAACAAGCUGCUUCAGAAGGCAUGCAGGUUGAUAAGUUUAGGGUUUCUGACAUUAAGGUUGGUGAAAAAGGUCCUCUUAAGAGAGGUUGUGAGUCUUUACAGGAGGUUGAGGUGUUAG